UGCGCGAAGUGAACGGUCUUACAUUAUCGGUUAUAUACUUUUUAUUCUAGUUAUUGUAAUUUUCUAAUAAUUCCCAACAAAAAUGGGUAACGCGUUAAAAACAAUAGGUUCGUCGGAUUUUCCGGAAUCUGAGAUGCCUCCAUCGUUCGAUCCGAAUUUAGGAUUUCCUAAUGGUCGUAAGAAACGGGUAAUGGUAGCGUCGGAGCAAGAAAUCAAUGCAGCUAGAGUUCCAACAAGGUUUAGAGAUUAUUGUUCUCAUAAAUAUUUAGACCUAGAAGAUUGUUCAAGACGAAAUUUUCCUAUUCACCAAAGGUGUAAUCAUGAAUUUCAUGGAUAUGUUCAAUGUAUAAACGAAGACUACAUAUUGAGAGAAAAAGAAUAUGAAAGGGAACGUAGACUUCGUAGGAGACAGAAAAGGAAAGAGGAGGCUAUGAAAAAAGCUGCGGCAGUGUAGGUUGCAAUGUGAUUGACUAUUGUUCAUCUCUAGGACACUUAUAUAGAUGGGUUCUUUCAUCGCUGUAAAUAAAUAAUAUUAAUAAAAAAAUUGAAUGG